UAUGAAUGUGUGUCAUUGCGAGUUUAACACGUGACAAACCUCGUUUUCCCGGGAAUUCAGACACGUGACAAUGACGUCUAAUGGAGCGAAGACAGUUUUUCCCGCGAACGACAACACUGAACACGCUCAUUAAGGAAGAAAAGCAUGCUGGCUAUCCGUAAAAGACGUAGAAGACCUCAGCAGGAUGCUGAAGAUAACAUCAUAUUUGAAACUGAAAAGCCUGGUCUUCAAGAGCAGUACAUCAGCAAAUAUAAAGGCCGUGGCGUUUUCACCACUGAAUCUUUCUGCAGAGGAGACUUUGUUCUUGAAUACAGAGGUGAACUUCUGAGUUCAAAGGAGAGUCUUGAACGAACUAAAAACUACACUGAAACUGAGAGCACAUUCUUGUUUGAUUUUCAGUGGCAUGGAAAAUAUUGGUGUAUGGAUGCAUCCAAGGAAGACAAGUCCCUGGGAAGACUUGUCAACGAUGAGCACAAAAAUCCAACUUGCAAAAUGAGAACUGUUGAAGUGAAGAAAAAGCCUCAUCUUUGUCUAUUUGCUGUACGAGACAUUUUACCAGGUGAAGAAAUCACUUACAACUAUGGCGACUCGGACUGGCCGUGGAGAGCCAAGUCUUUAAAUGAACCGUCAACAGAAUCCAGUGAUGUAAAAUCAGUCAGCAGUUUGGGCCCACAGAAAUCGGUAAGUACAGUUAAUUCUGCUUCACUCCUUGUAAUGACAAAAUGGGUAAUUUUGAAGCUUAGAGGCCGGAUUUUACAAUGCAUUAAAACAAUAUAACUAACUCUUAAAGGAGUAGUUUACCCUAAAAUAACAAUUCUUUCAUUAUAUUCAUGCCAUCACAGAUGAAUAUGACUUUCUUUCUUCAGCAGAACACAAAUAAAGAUUUUUAGAAGAAUAUCUCAGCUCUGUAGGUCCGUACAAUGCAAGUCAACAGGUACCAAAUUUUGAUAGUCCCAAUGUAAUCGACACAACUGCAGUCCGGCCAUUAAUGUCUUCCCAAGCUAAAUUAAUGAUGUUUAUAAGAAAAUAACAGAAUUAAAAAGUUAUGAUAAUCUUCACUUCUGGUCACAUUCUUCCCUUCCACGACGCUUAAUGUAAGUGUUAACAAGUCAAGUGAGAAGUGAUACAAAAUUUCUUUGACUUGUCCUCACUUUUCCCUCAACUAUACCAGAGCAGUGCUUACCAAAAAUAAAACAACUUCGUUAAAUUAACAAAACAUACAUCUUACCUUUUGGCUCACCUCAGUGAUGCUUAAAUGUCUUUAGGUGCCACAGUUUUUAACAUUGACAAUGUAUAUUUUACUCUUGGCUUAAGCUAAAUACCUCUUUUAUAUC